UUGAGUUUCUUUCUUCCCUCCUUCCCUCUGUCAUUUACUUUUCCCCAGUCUGGAUGAAUAACAAGAUUUUUGAAAUGUUUGUGAUCCUGGAUGACAUUGCCAUGGGCUUAUUGCUUCUCCUGCAUGCAGUUGUAGUCUGGAUGAAUAACAAGAUUUUUGAAAUGUUUGUGAUCCUGGAUGACAUUGCCAUGGGCUUAUUGCUUCUCCUGCAUGCAGUUGUAGGGAACUACAUCAUACCAACGGUGUCUCAAGGCCCGAAGUCCACCAAAUCACUGUUGACCGAGUUCAGGAGUGAGACUCAUGAUCUGGGAAGCGGUGUUGAUCUGAUAUGCACCAACAAGACCUGGAAUGAGAUGAUCCACACCAUCUGGAAGCUGAACACUGAAAGGAGCCAAUGCACAAUAGCAUCUGGUUUCGGUGUGCAAGACUAUGACUCCUGCAAUGAUGGGAAAUUGCUGAACAACACCAAAAGUGGAGGAAGCUACCUGCACAUACCUUUCUUCUCAAAGGCAGAUGAAGGACUUUAUCACUGUGAGGCAGUGUACAGAGAUGGCAGCUAUUCAGCAGAAAUCAAACUGUCUGCAGAAGUCCCAGUUUCUCCACAGAUAUCAACCAGGCUGGAUAUCUUCAGGAAUGGUAAGAGAGAGGUUGUCUGUUCAGCUAUAGGUGGUAAACCAGCUGCCUCCAUCUCUUGGAGAAACAAGUGGAACUCUAGUGCAACUCAGAGUUCCACAAAGAACUCGGAUGGCUCCUUCACUAUGGAGAGCAGACUGAUCCUCCCUGACCAUGUUCCUGCUGACAACCUGAGCUGCAUCAUCACCCACCCUAGCUGGACAGAGGGUCACACUGAACUGAUUCAAGCUUUAAACCAUGAAGAGUCUACAGCAAGUUUUAGCCUGCAGUAUAGCGUCCUUUCUGUCUGCUCUGUCAUGUUAAUGUCAGGAUUUCUGGCUGCAUGCUUCAUCUUGAGAACAUCAGUUAGAAAGAAGAGAAACAAAGUAUGGAGGCCUAUAUAUGCCAUGUCUACAGUUGAACCCAGGGGUCCCAGCUGAACCUCAUCACCACAGUUCCAUGUCCUGACACAAGCUAUCAUUGCCAAAGAGCUGAGCAUUACUGCGAAAAGAAAUGGGAAAAAUAUGGAGGAAAACAAGGAAUAUGAUUCUUUUUCACAGUUUAAAUUAUGACUGUUCAAAAUGUGUUUUUCUUUCUAUCUAUCAUUAACUGUUUCCUGCUGUAUCAAAGACAAUGUGCACCACUGUACAGAUUUGUAGCCUUGUUCUGUAACUGCUUUUCGUACCCUCGAGUACGUACAAUAUGCAAAAUAAUGAGCCACUAGUACUCAUGAACAGAAAAGUUACCUUCUGAAAGGAAUGCACAUUUUUUUCCAAAUACAUCCAUCCAGCAAUAGAUCUCAUUACAUUUAGCAUUUUCUUAGGAGGUAUGUAGUAUGAUGUCAGAGCCCAGAGUUUCCAGAAUUUACAACACAGUAGAAAAACACCAGAGUUUCCUGAGCGCAUGGUUAAGUUCCUGGGUCCUAGUUUCUACACUCAUAGCUCCAUGUGUGAAAGAAGCAGAGUCAUAGUAACUGGGAAGUGCAUUUCUGGUCGGAAGAUGGCAGAUUUAAAGUAAAUUCAUUUGUUAAAACUAAUGGUUUCAUUUGAACUCUUCUAACUUCUUCUAACAGAACUAUUCUAGCAGGUAAAAAUCAUAUUGUGAGUUGUGCUGGUAUGUCUACGCUGAAUGUCAGUUACUAUUGUUUGUUUGUUGAUAAGCAAAACAGAUGACAUCAUGCAGGCCUUUCCUGAGAACUUUUGGCUGUAAAUUAUUGUGCUGAACCUGAGAAACAGCCUUUGACAAAAACAAAAACCAGCUCUGCAGGUUUACCUACAGCUGUCAAAUUUUCUUCAGGAACUCCCUUGAUCCUUCUCCCCCACUUGCUAUUGUAAAUAAGUCAAUUAAUCAAUCAAUCAAUAAACCAAUAAAUAAAUAGA